AUGCUACUCAAGCUUCUAAACGUCUUCUUCUGCAUCAAGAAUUUCGAAUCGCUAAUGCUUCCCAGCUGCAAUGUUCCGCUGCUAAAUUACUCGCUGGGAACCGUUUACGAGUUCUACAACAAUCUCGAACCCGAAGACUAUAUCUCCGUCGAGGGCACCCUCGACGACAUCGCGACGAUCCAUCUCAACAAGGGCGUCACAAUGGAUCAGCAAUUCGCGUUGGCGACCAAUUCGAAGACGACGUCCGCCUCAAUCUACUACAACGUCAAUGUGCAAGAGGGCACGGCGACGCGACUCGCGAAAAUUCCCGAGUUUGAGCCGACCGGCCGCGAGUACCGCAUCAAAAUCGUGCGGCGAGUCGGCGAGUUGCACAUCUUCAAGUCGGGCGUCCUUCGGCACGUCUUCAACGCCACCGACAUCUACCGAUCGAUCGACGUCAUCGGCCACAUCAGAGUCGACAGAAUCGUGCAGUACGAUUCGAUUCAUCGAAAAUUGAAGGCGAAAACAAAAAUGAUUGAUCUUCCUCUUUUCAGAGGCUGCAGUUGUCGGCUGAAAGCGCGAAACAACGACGACAUUCGCGAAUGCCUCAAACUCUAA